GUAAAGACAGCAGUUUGGGAGAGGCUGAGUUGCAGCCAAGCUCCGACCCAUCGGGGAUGGACAGCAGCUACCUCAGCGUGAAGGAGGCUGGAGUAAAAGUGCCCCAGGACAGGGCCAGCACGGACCUCCCCAGCCCCAUGGACAAGGCUGACUCAGAGAGCAACAAAGGCAAAAAACGGAGGAACCGCACCACCUUCACUAGUUACCAGCUGGAGGAGCUGGAGAAGGUCUUCCAGAAGACCCACUACCCAGAUGUCUAUGCCAGGGAGCAGCUAGCCAUGAGGACAGACCUCACCGAGGCUCGUGUACAGGUGUGGUUUCAGAACCGGCGAGCAAAAUGGCGCAAGCGCGAGCGAUUUGGCCAGAUGCAGCAGGUCCGGACCCACUUCUCCACCGCCUACGAGCUGCCCCUGCUCACCCGUGCUGAGAACUACGCCCAGAUCCAGAACCCCUCUUGGAUCGGCAACAACGGAGCCGCCUCUCCUGUGCCCGCCUGCGUCGUCCCCUGCGAGACGGUGCCCUCCUGCAUGUCCCCCCAUGCUCACCCCCACGCGGCCAGCGGUGUCUCUGAGUUCCUCGGUGUCUCAGGCCCUGGCAGCCACGUGGGACAGACUCACAUGGGUGGCCUCUUCGGCACGGCCGGGAUGAGCCCCGGCCUCAAUGGCUAUGAGCUGAACAGCGAGCCGGACCGCAAGACCUCCAGCAUCGCUGCCCUGAGGAUGAAAGCAAAGGAGCACAGCGCCGCUAUCUCCUGGGCGACAUGA